AUGUCUUUUGCUCAAAGCUUCUACUGCUUCCCCAUUUUCACUACCUAUUGCAAUGAUGUGCCUCUCUCUCCUGAGACAGGUAUUAUUGAGGCCAAUCAUGUCUGCAACCUAUACUACAUAUAUGCUAACCGUCACAAUGACCACCCCUCUCCAUACUCAGAGAACCAUCCCGACCCUCUGGAGCAGCGCAUCCAUGCCAUGCCAGAUGUUGAGGUGUUCCUCAUGGCUGACAACCACCCUCCUCAGUGGUUCCUAGGUGUUGACCUGGCCCAUGCCCUUCAUGGGGUCUAUUACCACGCUCUCCAAGUCUUUGGGGAUGCAGUUCAACCCUCAGGAUGGAAUUGCCAUGAUCCUUGGGGCAACUAUGACUAUGCCUCUAAGCUUGAGGAGAUUAACUUUCCUUAUAUCCCUUGUCCUAUAUGCUUUACUUGUGACCUUUACCAUUUUCCAUUUGACACAUUCCAUGAAUUGCAGCGCCAAGUUCAUCACAAUAACUUCUAUGUCAUCUGCCUCAAUGCGCUGUCAAUCAUUAUUAACGCUACCAAGCAGAACCACUAUAGCAAUCUAGCCCAUGUUGGGUAUAUUCGUGGUUCCCCUGCUUGCGUAUCAGCACACCGCUUCUGGUGUUGUCUACAUGGGCACCCUGUCAUUGAUUGCUCUGAAGAUGAUUUAUCAGACGCGGGAUUCCCUAUCAACGGCUACGACGCCGACGAUGAGUCCUUGGGCCCGCUUACGCCGCCCACUGAAGUUUCUUCGCCGCCUGCGUUGGAAGAAUUUGCGGAACAGAUCUUCAACUACGCCGCUUGGGGAAUCAAGCCUCCCGUCAUCCCUGAGUCCCACGGAAUCCAAUGGCUAGGACAGCAAUACGGCGAUUCAUUCACUGCACCAGAGUUCAAGCCCUUACACGCCGCAAGCAAUGCAGGCAAGUACCCUGCACCUCCCAACAGCAGCAACUACAAGCUUGACGUCAACGCUCUUACCAAGCAGCUUGCGCAAGUGGCCGUUGUACAGGACGCCAAUCCCGCACCCCCGUCCUUCAGCGCCGACUUCGUCGAAUCUGUUUGGGAAUGGCCAGGAGAACCUCAGCCCGUCGCCAACCUGGGACCUCCUGAGUGGCCCUCCGUACCACAGCAACACACGCCUCCAUUCUCAUGGGAAGACCAUUGGCACGAGGUUCGCGCCCGCGACUUAAGGAUCAAAGGUGAUAUGGACUUUGACAUCGGCGGAGGAAUCGAAAUCAACGCUAACCAUGUCAUUCAAACUCGCCCCCCUUUCUGGGCCAGCCUACCUCACAGCAAUAUCCACACUGCACUUGCCCCCAAUAUUUUGCACCAACUACAUAAAGGCAUUUUCAAGGAUCAUCUUAUGAAAUGGUGCCUUGAGCUGGCCAAUAAAGCCCAGUUUGAUGAUUGCUUCAAGGCAAUGCCUGAGCACUCCAGCCUUUGGCAUUUCAAGACUAAGGUAUCCAAACUCUCUCAGACAACUGGCAAGGAGCAUUGCAAGAUGCAGAAGGUUUUUCUGGGUGUUAUUGCUGGACUGGUCCCAAACAAGGUCACAGCUGCCGCUCAGGCACUCCUCAAAUUUAUCUAUUACGCUCAGCUUCCCUCUCACACUACUACAACUAUAUCUUGCCUCAAGGAUGCCUGA